AUCAUGUUUAAAAUUGAAUGCUCAAAGUAUGCAGAACCACAAGCCUAAUUCAUCAUGAAUGUGUGAAUGUGGCAAAUUUGUGAUGUAGAAAAUAGGGAAUAAUGGUCCCAGAAAAUUUGUCAAACUUGUUGUCUACUCUGUGCCACAUAUUAUGGUGGCCCAUUUUAGCCACCACCCAAAUAAUGUAAUCCUGUCUCUUCAAGAGUCCCAUUUCUUGCAUGUACAAAGAGAGAAGUCUUGAAAAAUUACAUUAAAAAAUUUGACAGAAAAAAAUGGGAAUCUCUUAAACCAGUGAAAUUCCAGUGGCAACAAAACCUGACUAUGAUAGAGCAACUGAGCUUAAAGCUUUUGAUCAAACAAAAGACGGUGUUAAAGGACUUGUUGAUGCUUCUAUCACAAACAUCCCUCGCAUGUUCCAUCACGAAAUUGAUAAAGAUUCAGCUCCAUCUUCAAGUAGCACCACCAAACUUCUUGUUCCUUCUGUUGAUCUUGUUGAUAUUCAUCAAGAUCCCACAAGAAGAAAAACAGUUGUUGAGAAAAUUAGAGAAACAUCUGAGACAUGGGGUUUCUUUCAAGCUGUUAAUCAUGGAAUAGAAAUUACUGUUUUGGAUGAGAUGAAGAAUGGAGUUAUAAGAUUCUUUGAGCAAGAUUCUGAGGUGAAAAGAGAACUAUACUCACGUGAUGAUGUCGUGAAACCUUUGGUUUAUAAUAGUAACUUUCAUCUUUAUAGUUCACCAGCUGCUAAUUGGAGGAAUACCUUUUACUGUUUCAUGGCUCCUCAGUCUCCUAAACCAGAAGAUUUGCCAUCAGUUUGUAGUUAUAUGUUAGAUAUAAUCUUAAUUCAACUGUAUGACAGAGACACUCCGACAUUGACAAUGUCAAAAAUUUAAGACACCGACACACGCAUAUAUUUAAAAAUUUUAGAAUUAAAAAAAAUCAUUUUCUUAGAACAUAUGUCUUACUUUUCUGACACAUGUUUUAAAAUAUUAUAUAAGUGUUGGACACUGUUGCGUGUCGGACAUUGUAACACUCCUACUCCUAGAGUCCGUGCUUCAUAGCUAUGAAUAUAUUUACAUUGUUAAUGAUCUUGUUUACAUUGUUGUAACAGCUAUAACAAAUGAUAGAUUCAAAAGUGUUGAGCAUAGAGUAUUGGCAAACCAUGUUGGUCCAAGAGUAUCAAUUGCAAGCUUUUUUAGCACAAGUUUUCAACCAUCAACAAAAAUUAUGG